AUGGACCAUCACGAAGCUGUGCAGAAGAUCGCGGCGCGGGUCGCGGAUUUCCAUCGUCGCCAGCAGCCGUUCCGCAUCUAUCAUGCUUCCACCAACUCGACGAGGCCCGCCAACCACUCGGCCUCCACUACUGUCAGCACCGCCGCUCUCACGCGCGUCCUCGAGGUCAAUGCAGACUGCCAGACGGCCAUCGUCGAGCCCAAUGUCCCGAUGGACGCCCUCGUGGCGGCCACUCUCAAGAAAGACUUGGUUCCGCGGGUCGUUAUGGAAUUCCCCGGAAUCACGGUGGGCGGCGGGUUCUCCGGCACGUCGGGUGAGAGCAGCUCAUUCCGCGAAGGAUUUUUUGACAAUACGGUGAACUGGAUUGAGAUUGUUCUGGCAGACGGGGCCGUGGUGCGGGCGUAUAAUGACCGCGUCGACCAGACGCUGGAUCUCGAGGACCCGCGAGCAGAUCUAUUUUUUGGUGCGGCUUCUUCCUUCGGCACGCUGGGGGUGGUUACCCUGCUGGAAGUGCGGUUGAAAAAGGCUUCUCCCCUGGUGGAACUGCAAUACUAUAGGACCUCUGAUAUGCCCGGGGCAUUACGCAUCUUUCGCGAAGCCGCAGCCGAUCAAACCACCGAAUAUCUGGACGGCAUUGUGUACGCGCGAGACCAAAUUGUCGUCUGCGUUGGGCGGCAAGUGGAAAAAAGACCCAAUGCCCAGGUUCAGAAAUUUACCCGUCGUCGAGAUGACUGGUUCUACCUUCAUGUCAAUCGCACCACCAAGCACCGUCGCGACGCUGUGGACUAUAUCCCCCUGACGGACUAUUUGUUUCGCUAUGACCGCGGCGGGUUCUGGGUCGGCCGCUACGCCUACCAUUACUUUUGCGUACCUUUUAACGCGCUCACGCGCUACAUCCUCAAUCGAUUCAUGCAUACUCGGGUUAUGUACCACGCCCUGCACGUCAGUGGUUUUGCUCGGCAAUACAUCAUCCAAGAUGUUGGGGUGCCGGUAUCGAAGACCACCGAAUUCCUGGACUGGCUCGACAACCCGGACAACUUUGGCAAAUAUCCUAUUUGGCUGUGCCCACUUCCUGCUGGAAGCGCGGGCGGGCUGGAAGGACAGACGGUUGACACCGGCAACGGGACACACGAUAAACGGUUAGAUCGGGACGCGCAUGAUACGACAUUGAUGAACUUUGGCAUCUGGGGUCCAUCCACAGCUGCUGAUGCGACACAGUUUGUGACCCAGAAUCGUCGACUCGAACAGAAAGUACACAGUCUGCGGGGGAAGAAGUGGCUAUAUGCACAUACGUACUAUACCGAGGAAGAGUUCUGGGACAUCUACAACAAGCCCGAGUACGAUGCCUUGCGCCACAAGUAUCACGCAGGGCAUCUCCCUACGUUGUAUGACAAGGUGCGUGUGCGCGAAACAGAUCUCCCGGGGGUCCAUCGCGGAGACAACGAAGGUGGGUGGAAGGGGUUUGUGAAACGCACACUGUGGGAUGUCUGGCCAUUCAGCGGACUUUAUGGAGUGUACCACGCGUGGCUUGGUGGGGAUUAUUUGCUGCAGAAGGAAACGCCCUCUAAAGACAAGCCCGAAUGA